ACAAGAACAUAUACAACCUGAAAUAUAUAUUUCCACAUUGCUAAGAAUUAAAUAUGUAUACACGUGAAUUUGAAUUAAAAAUUCACUGAUUGUUUUCUAAUUUAAGUUUAUAAAAAAAUGACGAAAAUUAGAAAAGUGAAACGUAGGAAGAGAUAUCGUAUGAAUGUAAAUCGUAAACGAUUGCGAAAUAAAUUGCGAAAAUUGCCGACAAUAAAUUGUUCUCAAAUAAAGCAAUCGUGGGAAGCAACAAAAUCUACACGGACUAAUUUGAACCAAAUGGGAUUAGCAUAUGAUUCAAAUGAUGCUUUAAAGAUACCCAAUACAAAAAGAGAAUUUAUUAAAGAAGUAUUAAAGAAAAAAGACGAGAAUGAUGAAGAUAAAUUAGAAACUGAAGAAGAUGUUGAAAUGAUACCUCCAAAAGUAUAUGUGGCGCAAGAACUUGAAGCAGAAGCAAAGGCACCAAGAAGGAAAAUGUUUAGGCUACCAAAUAACCAAGUGUACUUUCUUACUUACUUAAUGGAUAAGUACGGAGAAGAUUACAAGAAUCCAUGGAUGCAUGGUACCAAGUGUAUUCAGUCGUUUCUGAUGGCAUUUCAGGAAGAGGUCUUGUCUGACAUCCAAUUAUUUCUACUUUGUGCUUAUGAGGAGAGAUACUUAAUAAAUCUAAUGCUUUCUUAA